AUGGGAGUUACACAGUCGUUUCCUCGAGUGUCCCUGUCUAGGGAGAGAGUAGUGAUAAUCACAGGUGCAAACCAAGGCAUUGGUUACCAUACUGCUAAAUGGAUCGCCAUGAUGGGAGCAUGUGUAAUUAUCGCAUGUCGAUCGGAGGGAAAAGCAAGACAAGCUAUAGAUCAAAUGAACGUAGAAUUCAAAGAAGAGAAAAGUAAGGGUACGGAAGGGAUUGCCGACCUUGAGGAGUUGAACGUGAUCUUUAUGAAGCUAGACAACGCGUCCCUUAAGUCUGUGAUGUCAUUUGUCAGUGAAUUUAAGGCCACAGGUUUUAAACUACACACACUUGUGUGCAACGCAGGCAUAGGAAUUCAUAAGCAAGAAUAUACAGAAGACGGACAUGAACUGAUAUAUCAGGUAUUAAUUUGCUAACGUUUGUUAUAUAAUAUUUAAGUAGCACGUUCUCGUAUAUGAAACGAUAAACAAUUGACAAUCCUAUCCACAACAACUGUUUAUGUACUGUAGGAAAUAUUUUCA